GUUGUGUGCACUGAAGCUAAGAAUUAUAUUACAUGCUUCAAAAGGACCACUGAACGACAGGCUGUAAGGCGACAGCCAUGACAGACGAAACGGCGGAUGUGAACAAUGUGCGGAGCUUAUGCACACUUCAGCACAAGUGGGGUCCACGAACAAUACUCUACACCAUACAAAUGACCAAGCACAAUGCUUCUCGAGGCACUAUGUUAUGCCGAAUCGCCAUAGGGUUUGCCGCAGUAACGUAUCUGGUGUCUUCCCCAUAAACGGACAACAUGGUGCAUAACGCCUGAGUUUCAAAGUAUUCACCAUGGCCCUCCUCAUUAUCCAUUUCACACCAUCAACCUAAUGAACGAGCACACUAUACCUCCAGAAAUCCUUUCUCUUAUACUUGAAAAUCUGUCACAAUCUGAUCUCUUUACAUGCACGAUAGUCAAUCGUACCUUUAAUGCCGCAUCUACUAGCAUAUUAUGGAAAGCCCCUGAAUUCCGCAACUCGUCUAGUUUACAACGAUUUGCAGCAUGUCUCACGCGCGCAAAAGAAGGGAAAGGAAAGCUAGUACGUACGCUCACUCUAAAGCAACCAGUCAGUUCAUUUGUGA